CAGCUGGGAGUCCACUCAGUCAGUGACGAACAUGUACGCGAAACGACGCGACGAACCGAGUUCCCUGUUCAGGAUAGCAAGCCACGUGCUCGCGUCUUUGCCUAUCCUGGAAUUUUGUUGGACCUGUGGCGAAGCGACGCGCCACAUCUUAUUCGCGGACUUCACGUCUAUUCCUCCUCAUUCAUCGCUAUGUCUAAGAUAUUCUCCCUGCACGGGCGCGGCCUGAAGCUCAACACGCGCGCGGACAUCGAGCCGCACCUGAAGGAUGUCCCCACCACGAUCGAGGAGAUCCAUUUGGGCGGGAACACGAUCGGUGUAGAGGCCGCAGAGACCCUCGCAGAGUUCCUCGCGAAGACGACACAUCUGAGGAUAGCCGACUUCGCAGACAUCUUCACCGGUCGCCUGAUCAGCGAGAUCCCGCAGGCCCUCUCCGCCCUCUGCGACGCGCUCAUCCCAAAGACGACGCUCGUCGAGAUCGACCUGUCGGACAACGCCUUCGGCGGGCGGUCCGUCGAGCCCAUGGUGCCCUUCCUCUCGCAGAACCGCGCCUUCCAGGUCCUCAAGCUCAACAACAACGGGCUCGGCCCCGCGGGCGGCGCGACCGUCGCGCAGGCGCUCCUCCGCUCCGCUGAGCUCUCCGCCGAGAAGGGCGAGCCGUCGAACCUCCGCGUCGUCAUCUGCGGCAGGAACCGCCUCGAGGACGGCGCGGCGCCCGCGUGGGCGAAGGCCCUCGCCGCGCACGGCGGGCUCACCGAGGUGCGCAUGCCCCAGAACGGUAUUCGCAUGGCGGGCGCGGCGUCGCUCGCGCACGGGCUCGCAGGGUGCGUGGGGCUCGUGCACCUGGACCUGCAGGACAACACGUUUGGGGAGUCGGGCUCGGCCGCGAUGGCGGCGGCGCUGCGCGCGUGGCCCGCCCUGCGCACGCUGAACCUGAGCGAUUGCGUGCUCGCAGAAGAGGGCGCGGUGUCGCCCGUUCUGGAGGCAAUCGCGCAGGGGAGCAACCCGAAGCUCGAGCUGCUGCAGCUGCAGAACAACAACCUCGACACGCAGAGCUUCGUGCUGCUCGCGGAGGCGCUGGAGGUCCACCUGCCGGUGCUCAAGCAGAUGGAGAUGCAGUGGAACGAGGUGGAGGAGGACGAUGAGGGCGUGGAGGCGUUGCAGGGGUUGAUGAAGAAGCGCGGAGGGAAGCUGGUGCUGGAUGAUGAGGAGGAAGAGGAAGAGGAGGAGGAGGAGAAGGAGGAAGUCAAGGAGGCCGAGCCGGCCAAGGCAAUAGAGCCUGGCAAGAAGGACGAGGCAGACGAGCUCGCGGACCUGCUUAGCAAGGUCGAGAUCAAGUCAUGAACGCCAACGAGAAUCUUGGAGGAACAUUUUGUUUCGGGUCUUCAGAGGUGCAUUGUUUCGAGUAUCUGGCGGUUGUCUCACCCAAGUUGUAUACCAUACUCAUCGCAGUCCGUGACCGUAGAAUACCAAUGUCAAUCUAUACGUGCUUACGUCUAACG